AUGGCAUCUGCAGCUCCAUCCAACACAGCUGCUGCGGCUCCCACAACGACAGCCACCACUGCGACAGCUCCAGGAGAACGUGCCUGUGUAGGAACGAGUGUGGAUAGACCAUCGACCGUCGCGCAAUCGCCUAUCCUCCCACCGCCGCCUGUUCCUGCUCCUUCCACCACAUCUCUCUCAGCAACUCCGAAAAUCACCCCUUCUACUGCCCUCGCAGCACCGAAUCCCCACUCCAACUCUCAGAGCGACAGCCACACUCCAGCACUUACACCUCAGCGCGUCGCCUCCUUGCGCGGAUCCCUGCCCCGCCGCCGCUCCUCUUUUCCACCGCCAGCGGCAGCCCCGCCCAACCACGCGCUGCCUUCUUCCUCCUCCCCGCAUCUCGUCGCCCCUCCCCAGGCGCAGCUCGACAUCUUUGCAGAGCUAGGCUUGCCGGAGCUGGCGAACAUGUGGACACCUGUGGGGUGGGACACACUCCUCAAUUUCGAUACGGACCACCAGGACGGCAACUCCAACCUGUUCGACUUCACACCGGGGCCGUCAUCAGGCUCGGCGGCGGCGCCCAGCGGGAGCGGGAGCGCCAUGGCGCGGAUCAAGUCGGAUCCUGGGCGAGAUAGACCAGAGGCUCACGGUCACGGACAUGGACAUGGGGGAGGCCACAGCAGUGGAGGAAAGGCGAUAGCGGGUCCAGCGUCGCUAGAACCUGCGAGAAUGGCGCAUGGGGGAAGCGACUUGGCGUGGAAGACGAUUCUGGCCAGUCAGGUGGAUGUGGAGGGAGUGGGACAAGUGGGCGUAGCGCGUGUACUGCAAGAAGUGUGGAAGCGAGGAGGAGGAGAGCAAAUCACUUCCCAAGGUCUUUGGCCAAGUAUCAUCGUCUCCCUUUCACUGCCCGAAGUUGAAUCUCCCGGAUUCCGACUCCCUACCCCAUCAGCACACGCCGCUCUAUCCCUCCAAAACCUCUACAACCUCACUUUGCGACACUGGGAACCGAGCAUCUUUUCCGGCCUGCUCGCGUCCUUCGGCUCGCAAGCUCUUCGGGGAGACCUGGACCUGUCGGCGAUGCUGGGCGCAGUCGCUCAACCACCACCGGCCGCGGAGCAUGUAUUCGGCGUGGCGAUGACGCCUCAGAAGGAGAUCGACAUGUCUCAGUGGACGACCUUGACACCAGGAGGAGGCGCGGACUGGUCCUUCCUCAAUUCGUUCGAUUCGAGCUCGCCAUACCACGUCGACUCGCUGGUCAAAACUAGCGGCGUGGUGCCCUCAAAUCUUGCCAAUGACGCUCGGGACGACCGGCGCGGAUCGACAGCGAGGAGCGUCGACGAUGAAGGGAUCCAGGGGCUGGAUGAGAUCCUGGCGCAGAUGGAGGAAGGGGUAGAAGCGAGGGCUGUCGCUGCUAUCCAGGAGCAAAUUGAGGCGGCGGGCAAGCUGCCGGAUCUCAUGCCCUCCGGCAGCUCAAGCAGGAAACGGCCAGCCGAGGACUCGCAGUUCUCCAUGCCUACCCCAGAGACGGACGCUUCGGAUACGACCAUCCUCUCUGGGCGAGGACACUCGUCAGGAAGCAAUACGGACCGGAACCGCGGAAUGAGCUUCACGCUCGUCACACCGCCCAGCUCCAACGGUUCCCCUCUUACUUCCUCGCGCCAGAUCCACCCUCGACCACCGGGAGGCCAAUCCGCCCUGGCCCGUCCGAGCAGGAACGCCCAACUUCCCACGCCUACCCCCUCCACCCAGGACUUGCCGACAAUACCCAACGGCAGAAAGAAGAUGGGGAUGCAGCUCGAUAUGCCCCUCGCUACGUUUGUCCCACCCCCGCCCAUGUGCAUGUUCUUCUCCCCGGCGUUCCAUGAUCUUCAACAGGGGAAAGUGGGGGUUUGGAAGGGGGAUCUGCUGGUGCGGGGGAAGGGAGGCGGGAAGUUUUCGGUUCUGAUUGUGGGUGAGACGGCUACGGGGCACAUGUGGCAAUCGAAUGUCUGGCCAACCUCGGUCGUCUACCCACCGGAAGAGCAGGCGAACGAAGACGCUACGGCCACAGCGACCAUGAUCCCUGUUUCGCACCUCGCUCGAGAAGGUUUCACGCCCGCAGCGAUGGGUAUGGUUCUCUGCAAUGAUGCCAACAUCGAGGCGUACGUGCAGAUGGUACAGGGUCUACACGCGGAAGGAGUGGCAUUCCACCUCCGUACACCCAACGGUCUACCGAUCGUCUUCCUCCCUGCCAAAUUCGACUCGAACGACCCCCUCCAACGGCUCGGUAUAGCCUUCAUGACCAAGCCGGGCAUGCCUAUGCCCUACCAUCCCCAAUCCAUGCCUAUGGCCUCCGCCUCUAAAUCCGCACACUCGGCGGCGUCGUCGUCCUCUUCCACCCAACCGGGUCCGGCCUCGGCCGAUAGACCAACCGCGGACAUGCCCAAGAAGAAGAAGAGGCGGCAGAGUGCCCCGGCGGGUGUCUUACCGGCUGUGAAGCCCACAGGACCGGCGGGGAAGCACAAGAAGAGGGAGAGCGACGUGGGGACAAUACCGGAGGAGUCGACCGCGGAGAAGGGAUGA